UGGAAAACUUGAACAAUAAUGUUAAACAUAACUGCCUUGUGUACAUUAUAGUGUCCAGGCUGAGGUUAAGUAUUUUAAGAUUAAUAUUAAGAUCAUAUACACUUGUUGCCUUGCAUAAUUUUAAGAUUUGGCAGCGAUAAACUUACUAGAAUAAAUUAUAGCCUAAUAGACAUCUAGAAAAUUAUAUUAUACAUCAAGGCUUUUAUUCAAGAGCCGUGCUUAAAAAAUGACCAUCCGCGAAUGUACUUAUGCCCGCCUACCGCUGUCUGUGAUUGGUAGAAUGAAGUGUCAGUAGAAGGAUUUGGGUACGCUGAGAAGAGGUCUUAUGAGAAGACAGCGGCGUCUUCGGGGCUUGUAGGGCUGAAGGAAUAGUCGCACGGAAGUACAGCACAGGUGUUCAGCUGCCGUAUGAGUUUCGCAGUGUCACUGUCGUCACCUCUCGAUCACUCUGUCAAAUAGGAGAAAGAGAUUUAAAACAGAAAAAGGAAUGCUUUGCUUUCGUUUGGCUGACAUGUGGGGCUACUGUGGUGUUUCGUGUCGGCGCUACUAAACCCGGCUGGUGGAGGCUCAAGACUCUCCACAGGAUGGAUGGUUCUUUCUCGGCCAUGGACGUCCUCAUGUCCAACUUCACGCGCAGGGAAGAGCUCACAUUUCUCGCCCCUCCCGCUAUGUCCAUUGAUGAGCUUUUCCCUGCGCUCCUUGAGUGUUUUGGAAUCAUCCUGUGCGGAUACGCGGCUGGCCGUGCCAACAUCAUCACAUCCACACAAGCAAAAGGCCUGGGAAACUUUGUGUCAAAGUUCGCCCUGCCGGCUCUGCUGUUUAAGAAUAUGGUGCAGUUAGAUUUCGGGAAUGUCAUUUGGCCAUUUCUUUGGAGCAUCCUGGUGGCCAAACUGGGGGUUUUCUUUCUUGUAUGUGUACUGACAUUGUUGGUGGCUAGUAAGGAAAGCCGAUUCUCCAAAGCUGGACUUUACUCCAUAUUUGCAACUCAAAGUAACGACUUUGCACUGGGAUAUCCUAUAGCUGAAGCACUAUACAGAAACACUCACCCAGAGUACCUGCAGUACAUAUACUUGGUGGCUCCGGUCUCCCUGAUCAUGCUGAAUCCGAUUGGCUUCGUGUUCUGUGAGGUCCAGAAGUGGAGGGCCGAUCCAGGGCCGCAGCAGAGGAAGCUGCACGUGGUCCGGGUGGUGCUCCUGCAGGUGCUGCGGAACCCCAUCGUCUUCAUGGUGUUUAUCGGGAUUGCGGCACAUUUCCUGCUGGGCCAGAAGAUCCCGCCCUUCAUGGAGGGGUUCGUGGACGGCUUGGCCAACUCGUUCGGAGGGGCGGCACUCUUCUACCUGGGUGUGACCAUGGUGGGGCAGCUGAGGAAGCUGACCAGAUCCACCCUGGUGGCCCUGAUACUGCUCAUCACCGCCAAACUACUGGUGAUGCCAUUGUUUUGUAGAGGUAUGGUGGAGGUGUUGGACCAUGGUAACCUCAGCUCUCUAAAUCACAGCAGUCUGUCUAACUAUGCCUUUCUGUACGGCCUCUUCCCAACUGCCCCCAGUGUGGCUAUAUAUGCUGCCCACUACAGCAUGGAACUCCAGGUGGUGACCGCGGGAAUGGUGAUCAGCACCUUCCUCUCGGCUCCCAUCAUGUACGUGUCCGCCUGGCUCCUGACCAUCUCUGGGAUGGACCCCAAACGCCUGGCAUCUGCGCUGCACAGUACCAGCCUCAACAUCAGCAUCGUCAGUCUCAUCGCACUGGUGUGGUGCGUGAUUGUCGGUGUGAUGAGUAAAAAAUUCCGCAGACUUCCUCAUAUGUUUACACUAAAUUUAUUUGUGGCACAGAUGGGUGUGUGUGUGGGUAUGAUUGCUUGGAACUUUGUGGUGUUUAAAGACAAUUUCGCAGGCCAGGUGUUGACCUUUACUCUGCUGUAUGGCUCCCUCUACAGCACCUACAUUUGGCCAGGCCUGAUGGCGCUGUCGCUGUUCCUGCUGAGCAGGAAUGAGGAGCUGAGCAUUCAGCCUGGUCUGCUGGUGAUUGCUGGUUGGGGGGUGCCAGGGGUCGCGGUGAGCAUCCUGCUCAUGGUGGGAGAGAGGGGGCCACACACCAUCGACUCCGCCUUCUUUUACGGCACCUCACAGAUGGUCUGCACUGUGGCGGUGCUGUGUGGAGGGAUCGCUGUAGUAGGCGUCUCACUCAUGAUGCUCAGCAGAGGCACCCAUGACUAUCAGGCCCUGGGACAGGGAGCACUAUACGGCACCCAGGAAGAUCCGAGGCCUGACCGCACCAUCCUGGCGCAGAGCAGUAUCGAGCAGAUCUCCAUAGAGGACAGCAUCAGCAGAGGAUGUCAGCAGUGUGACUGUAAUGGUGUGUGUGCUCGGACCAUGCCUGAUAUGGCUAUUGGUGACCAUGUGAAGGACACACCAUCUGUACAGAUGGCAGGCCCGUGCGGGAACCUCUGCGACGCCUCUCGCUGUCUGCUGGCGGAGGAAGAGGAGAAGAGGCAGAGCGCGGACAGACAGACAGCCAGACAUGUGGUGCUAUGCCUGCUGCUCGCCGUCGGCCUCCUUGCCAAUCUCUCGAGCUGCCUCUGGUGGCUCUUCAGUAGCAUUCCAGGCACACUCUACUUGGAGCUGCAGUUCUUCUGCGCUGUGGUCAACUUCGGACAGGGUUUCAUAUCCUUUGGCAUUUUUGGCCUAGACAAACAUUUAAUUAUUUUGCCAUUUAAAAAGAGGCUGGCCAAUCUGAGGCAGGCCCAAGGUCAGGAUCCAGCUGGCCCUUCUGAUGUGUCUGGAGAAGUCAGACUGACCUGCAGUCAGUUUCUCAGAUACCAUAAACAAAAGUGUGUCCAGGACAUCGUUCAUAAAAAGAGGUGUGGGGGACAGAGAGUGACAGAAACAUUUCUGGGCAGUGAAAUGGUGCUGUGGCUGCAGACUGUUGGACUGGCAAGCGAUCAGGGGGAGGCGCUGUUGUACGGCUCUCGCCUGCUGGAGGGCGGAGUCAUCCACCACAUCACACAUGACUACAGUUUCCAGGACGACAACCUGCACUACCGCUUUGCAGAAGAAAAUGUGCCAAAUCACUAAAGCCAUGCCUGCAAAAAAACCCAAAACAAAAUAUAAUGGUAGCUCAAGUACCAGUUUUAAGCCAAAAAGCAGAUACAUCAUUACAUUUUUAACAUUUUUAAUGCCUUGAGAGUAGCUUGAAGCGAUAUUAAACAGACAUCCUGGAAGUAAACCUUCUGACCCUUUGGGUACAGGAUCAUAGACAUAGUAAUUCCUGCUCACACUACUCAUAUAAUGUUAGGUUGAGUGGUGUGUCCCCCUUCCCCAUAGUUGAAAUGACGCUUACGCCACUGUGAUGAUAAAGGGAUGAGGAGGUAAACCCCACGUUGCUAGAUGAUUUGUUGCAUGUGGAACUCCAACUAUUGGGAAUGUGGCAGCUUCAACUUAUAACAUGCAGGAGGAUGCAUGCCCAGCAAUGCCAGUAGAAAGGUUUUAGCUGCACGUACUUCCAGUAUGACGUAGGAACUCACUACGCAGGAUAGUCCAGCAUGGAUCUUGAGUCAUUAGUUAUACUGUUGAAUGUAAUGCUGGUAGAUUAACACAGAAACAUAUAUGCACAAAAACCUUAAUUUGCCUUCAUAACCAAGUGUAACUAUUGAUAGUUUUUUAUAUUACCUGCACCAAAAAAAGAUGUCUUCCAUUAAUAAUGUAAUACUGUUUUAUUACUCCAUCAGGUCUGUUUUUGUCUUUGGAACAAAUGAUGAAUCCUUGUGUUCAAAGUGUUUAAAAUAUCUAAAUAGAGAUGGUCUAUACAAAUUCCAUUGGACAGUAACAUUAAAAAUAUACUUGAGGCCUUCCAGAAAGGUUUGUAAAGGAAAGAAUGUACACUCAAAAUAAAAACUGCUCUGUUCCUUA